GCCUCUGCGGGGUGUGGUUAUGUGAUGGCGGUCAGGGAAAAGCUGUAAGAUUCAGUUCUGCUGCUGAGGGAAUGGUAUUGAUCCAGUGAGAAAAUAAGCACAGGUUUCAAAUGUGUGAUAACAUUCAUGAGGAGUUUCUUGCUCCGGAGGAGCCUUUUCAAAUGCUCUUGCAGCAGGGAAACCUCAGUGAAGAUGGCACACUGGAUGUUAGUGACUUUGGCUGUCGGAUGUCCUCCUGUCAUCGGACAGACCCUCUGCUCCGCUUCCACAGCAACAGAUGGAACCUAACCUCAUGUGGCACCAGCGUGGCAAGUUCAGAAUGCAGUGAGGAACUCUUUUCUUCUGUGUCUGUGGGCGACCUGGAUGACUGCUUCUCCCUCCUGGAUGAUCAGGAGCUCACGUCUUUUGAUUUCUUCCCAGAAGGCAGCGUCUGCAGUGAUGUAUCGUCUUCCAUCAGCACAUACUGGGACUGGUCUGACAGUGAGUUUGAGUGGCAGUUGCCAGGAAGUGAUAUUGCCAGUGGUAGUGAUGUACUAUCCGACAUCAUACCCAGUAUACCAAGUUCACCUUGCCUUCUUUCAAAACGAAAGACCAAACCUCAUAGGAACCUGGAUGAAUUGCCCUGGAGUGCCAUGACCAAUGAUGAACAGGUGGAGUAUAUUGAGUACUUGAGCCGUAAAGUGAGUACAGAAAUGGGGCUGCGGGAGCAACUUGAUAUAAUUAAAAUAAUUGACCCGAGUGCUCAGAUAUCUCCGACCGACAGCGAGUUCAUCAUUGAGCUGAACUGCCUCACAGAUGAUAAACUAAAACAGGUAAGAAACUACAUCAAAGAUCACAGUCCACGCCAGAGACCUGCAGGUAUGCGAGACAACUGGAAGAGGAGUGUCCCCAGCAGCUCUAGUGCUGUAAGUGUGCAAAGUAGCAGCAAUGUCAGCAUGGUUAGCAGCACCAGCAGCAGUUCAGGAUCAAUAAGUUCCAAUUCGUCCACAAGCAUCAGUUGUGCUCACAGUGAUGGCAACCUGGCCACUGUGGCUGAGCGCAUCCGAGAUUCCAAGAAACGCUCAAAGCAGAGAAAACUGCAGCAAAAGGCUCUGCGUAAAAGACACCUCAAAGAACAGAGACAGGCUCGUAAGGAAAGACUGAGUGGUCUGUUCCUUAAUGAAGAGGUCCUGUCACUCAGAGUCAGUGAAGAGGAGGACCAUGGUGAUGACAUAGACAUUCUAAUGUGAUGAGAGCAAAUUAUUCAGUGCUCCCUCUAACCCUUUCAUUCAUACCACCUCUGAAACAUCAAAGUCAAACAAGUAACAAAACAAAAAUUGACCAAUCAAUAAAUCACUAAGUCAUGUAAAGAAGUUGAAUCUGAUGUAAAAAUCAUGUCACUAAACCCCAUUGAUUUUGUUAACAUUAAAGUACUUCACAGCUACUUGUUUAACUCAACCAAAAAUUGAUCCAUCAAUUUCUUCUACUUGGUUUGGAUCCAGAAGCAUCCAUGUAUGGUCUUUCAUUUAUACCUUUUCAGUGAGCAUGUUGGAUAUGUUUGGGAGACAGGCAUAUAAGGAACACUGAACAUGAAGCAAAAUAUCCAUCAGUCAUCAUGGAUCAAUAAUUUUGUGAUUUAAUAUAUUUUACUUUAUGUAUUUUUGUGUAAAAAGACUACUUUGUAAAUUGUAUAAUCCUUAUAGUAUGCACUUCUAAUUUGAGACUUGAGUUUAACCUGUUGGAUAGACUCAGUUUUUGUAUCUUGAUUUCUUAAAUGAAGGGUAUAAUUGGAGUUGUGUGACUUGCAUAAAGCCAUUUGGAUUUAAUAAGGA